UGAAAUCUGAAAAUUAUAAUAAAUAUGAAGUUGAUUGCUAUUGCUCUUUGCUUACUAGCUCUCUCAUCUGCUAAAGUGUGGAACCCACACAUGCAUGAUGACAAGCUCUUCGAAACUGCUGAGAACUCCAAUGUGUUCUGGUACGAACAGAGAUUAGACCACUUUAACCCUCAGAAGGAGGGUACCUUCCAACAAAGAUAUUAUGAUAUCGAUCAAUACUGGGACCCAGAGACCGGACCUCUCUUUUUGUACAUCUGUGGUGAAGGUACUUGCAGACAACCAGCAGAUAACAGUUUUGUUGUUAACCUUGCUAAGAAGUUUAAUGGAAGAGUACUUGCUCUUGAACAUAGAUUUUAUGGAGAAACUCAGCCAACUGAAGAUUGGUCUACCGAGAAUCUCCAAUUUUUAACUCCUGACCAAGGACUUGCAGAUCUUGCUCAGUUUGCCACUGAUAAAUCAAGAGAGUUCAGUGAACAAUAUGGUAUCCCCCACAGAAGAUGGAUCUGCGUUGGAGGUAGUUACCCAGGUGCUUUGUCAGCAUGGUUCAGAUACAAAUAUCCACAUGUUGCCUUCGCUUCUCUUUCUUCUUCAGGUGUGGUUAAUGCUAUCCCAGAUUACCAUCAGUAUGAUGAACAGGUCUUCUUCUCUACUUCUAAGAGUGGAUCUUUGUGCCCAGAGAGAUUUGUGAAGGCCCACAAGUACAUUGAAAGCAUUGUUAACUCUGGCAACAGACUUGAAGCUUUCAAGACCUUCGGAUAUGACAAAGACAUGGUUGAUGGAGAAUUCUACUAUUUCAUUGGAGAUCUUAUUGCCGGACCAGUUCAAUAUGGAGGAAGAACUGACUUCUGUGACGGAUUAAUGGCUGUUGAUGAUGACAUGGACCAGAUCAUUAACUAUUUGGUUAACUUUGCUAAAGGAAUGGGAUUAGUCCUCGAACAAUACACUGCUGAAUUCACCGCAAACACAACUAUUGACUACGACAAAAACAUGAGACAGUGGACUUAUCAGACUUGUGCUAAUCUUGGAUACUUCCAAACUCCAGCUAAGGCUGAAGGAGUUCCACCAAUGAGACCAGCCAACAUUGAGGUUGAUUUCUGGGAAGAAUUCUGUGAAAGAGUGUUUGGAAUUAAUAUUUUCCCAGAUGCUGACCACUGGAACGCUAGAUAUGGAGCAACUUCUCCAGCAACAACCAAGAUUAUCUUUACUAAUGGAGGAGAAGAUCCAUGGCAACAUGCUGGUGUUACUGAGACCAAAAAUCCUCACUUGAUUCCUAUUGUUAUUGAUUGUGAUAACUGUGCUCACUGUGUUGAUCUCGGAGGAGAUCAUCCAACCGAUGCUCCUGAAUUGACUGAAGCUAGAGCCAGAAUUGCUGAUAUUUUCGAAAAGUGGAUUCAGCAGGAACUUGAGAUGGAAAGAAGCUUCCCAACUGAGGCCAAGGCAAACCUAAGAGAACUCCUCAGCAAAUAA